UAACUGCGAGUUAAGAGUGUCAUUGUACAACGUACCUCAACAGUUGUUAGAUUAUAUACGUCGCAAAUUGAAGCACACUUGUUUCACAUUCAUAACUGGGUGAUACUUGACAUACAAAAUUAUUAAGUCUGGCACAUUUCAUGUGAUAUCCAUUUCUAUUGUGGAAUAAUUUGGUGCCCUCAUCGGUAGCUUUUUCAAUAGGUAAAAAAUAAAAAUAAAAUGGGAAAAUGUCUGCAAACCGUUCCUGCCAUGGCUUGUAUGAAGUCAUUGCUGAUGCUAUUCAAUGUAACAUUUUGGGCAACCGGUCUGGCAGUACUAUGUGCUGGAAUAUGGAUGCAAGUGAGACUUAUUAAAUUCUUGGAAUUGAGUGCUGACUUUUCGAAUGCAGUGCCAUAUGUUUUGGUGGGCACGGGUGCUUUAAUAUUGUUUGUUGCAACAUUGGCAUGUUGCUGUACAGUGAAAGGUCAACCAUCUUUAUUGUACAUGUACGGUGGAUUCUUGGCAAUAAUUUUAAUUUUGGAAAUUGCUGUAACGAUCUCCAUUUACGCAUACAAAGACAAAUUAACGAACGGAUUUGAUCGUGGUUUGAAUCAAAGCAUGAACAUCUACGGGGAAUCUUCAACCAUAUCAACCGAUUUUGAUGUUAUGCAAUCGGAGCUUCAAUGUUGUGGCAAUCGCGGCUACAAAGAUUGGUCGAGUCUACAACGGCCGAUACCAGUACCCAAAUCGUGCUGCAAACUGACCGACUGUGAUGUUGAAGACGAAUCGCAAAUUUAUAAUCAAGGAUGCUAUGACAUAGUCGUGAAAUUCAUCAAUGAAAAUCUAGCUAUGAUCGGCACAUGUGCUCUUGGCGUAACAUUGUUCCCAAUCGUAGGAAUCGUUUUGUCUUGCUGUUUAGCGUCUAAUGUGAGCAAAGCCAAAUAUGAGCAGAUGAACUGAGUUUUGUACAUCAGUUAACACUCUGGUUGCAACAACUUUUUGAAAAGAAAACAAUUCAAUUUUUUUGUAUUUACGAGGCAUUAAUGUUUCAAUAUUUUAGUACGAUCAUAUUUCCAAAGCGAAUUAUCAUAAUAACCUACCAUACCUACAAUCAGGGCCUAUUUUCUGAAAUUUUCUGAGGUUUCUUCUUAUUCUAGGAGUUAAACUAAUUUUUAGAAAUUGCAGAAUUUUGUAGAAAAAGUUCUGGAAAUCUGUACAAAUUCUACAAUUUCUAAAAAAUUCUGAAACUUUUUAAAUAUUCUAAAAAAAACUUGAAAGUUCUACAAAUUUUCUAGAAUUUCUAGAUUUUUCGAAAACUUUCUAAAAUUUCGAAAGAAAAUCUAUAAAACAGGCCCUGACUUAUAAUCCACUAUAAACAUUUACGUAAUAAACUUGACUAAAUAAACUCCAAUAAAACACAACAUUCUCAUAAUAAAGUUCCGAACGCAAUCGAAGUGAAGCGGACAAAUUUAUUUGUGACCACUUUUACCUAACCGUCAGUCUGUUCUAUUUAUUCUUUUUUAUAUAAAAAAUAUCUUGAUGUUAAUCUUAAUGCCAAGUUUCACUACAAAAGAAUGAAAAA